AUGUCAAAAUACGGGAUGUAUGAGAAAAUAAAUAAAGCGAAAUGGGACGAGCGAGCCGCCAUUCAUGCCGAGUCUCAAGACUACAAGGUUAAGGACUUUCUGACAAGUCAAACCUACAUCAGCAAUGUAGUAGAGUUUGACAGACCACUCCUUGGUAGUAUUACUGGCCUUAAUUGUGUUCAUUUGCAGUGCCACAUUGGUACUGACACACUUAGUCUGAGCAGGCUAGGUGCCAGCUCUGUGACAGGGUUGGACUUCUCUCCCGCGUCUCUCGCGGAGGCUCGCAAGCUAGCAUCGGCAACGACUAGCACUGGAGGGGAGAGGGUAACAUUUGUUGAGGCAUCAGUGUACGAUAGCCUUAAAGUGUUAAACCCAGGCUCUUUUGACCUUGUUUACACGGGUAUUGGCGCCCUAUGUUGGAUACCAAGUGUCCAUGAUUGGGCGAGAGUGGUUGCGGGAUUGUUAAAACCUGGAGGUCGCUUAUUCAUACGAGAAGCGCACCCUGUUCUAUGGGCACUAGAUGAGACGUCAGAGAACGGGCUAGUUAUUAACCUACCAUAUUUUGAGCGCGACGAGCCGAUGAUAUUCCACGAAGAUGGCACCUAUGUCGAGACAGGAGGGCACAAGUUCAAGGCCACAGCAAGCGCGGAAUUCAACCACGGCCUUGGCGAGAUAAUAGAGGCGCUUUUAUAUUACAAGAUGCGGAUUUCAGGAUUUGUCGAACAUCAAAGCGUCCCAUGGCCUGCCAUUCCAGCUCAAAUGGUGUCAGAUCACAGAGGUGAAUACACUCUAAGGGAUCAACCGUGGCGAUUACCUCAUUCAUACACGCUUCAGGCUAUCAAGGAAUAG